AUGGAAUCGAGACCAUCCCAACAUGUUGACCUUCCCACCGCGGCGCCAUCUCUCAGCAGCGAUAGGCAGGAGGAUGAGACCUCAGCACCAUCGACAAGUUCCUCGCCAGAGUGCCAGAGCAGCACCUCGCAGUCGGCGCCGUCGAAUUCCACCCACGACCAGAGUACACGUCCCCACCACUCGCGCAAUAUCAACAGAAGAGAAAGCUGCCAAUCCCUCGUCCGCAAAUCCUUCUCCUGGUCCAAGUCCAUAUUUCAUCCUCGGUCGUACGAAGAGAUUUAUGCCGAGCAGGCCUAUCUGAGCAUCACUCUCCAGGCACACACGGCCCACUUUUGCGACCUGAUCCAGAGAUAUUCGCUGACGGAAGUCGAGUCGUUUCAAGGAGAGUCGCGGAAGUGUAAGCGCCGGGCCAGGAGGGAACUCGGCCUUUUGCGUGGUCAGCUGGUCCAAGCAGCCGGACAGGAGCAGGCUAUUUUUGCCAGAUUGGGGGAAUUAUUCCUCGAGGCGAGAAGCCGAGAGACGUGGAACGUGGCACACAACCAGCGUCGACAAAGCCUUCCGAUUCUCGAGCGCCACACUCACUCUCAGGAUAACCAGGACACGCGAUUCCCAUCACUGUCGAUACUCAACGGUGCGUCUCCGGUGUUCGUUCCUCAGAAGGAGCUAUUCAGCCCCCGAGAACGAGAAUAUGACAAGGACGCCAUGAGCACCACCGACACAAGCGACAAUGAAGAAGGAAAACAGGGCGUGCAAGGUUCCGGAAACAGCCUGUGCGAGCUGAAGAUGGACCCGGUGCUCGAGCCCGACGACGCGGAACCCGACGAGCAGAGACCGGCGUUGCGCAGAAUGUCAGGAGACGACUGCGCUUCAACACUCAAGAGGGACAGGAGACUCAGCUUGCCCACUAAACUGGAAUCGACGUGA